GCUUGACAACAACCUCACGACUGCAUUUCCUGAGAGAUUUGUUUUAUUUAUUUUAGACGCUUUACCCAAAGAAGCGGUUUUAUUCUUCUGCUGUUGUAGAUAUUAUGAUGAUUUUGUGAUAUCUGAUUAUUUACAGCAACGCUCGGGUUGGUAAAGAAGCCUGCCAGCAGAAUGGAUCCUACUGCCUCUGGAGUCUUCUGCAGCAGGAUGCUGAGCAUGGUCAACUCCGAGGACGUAAACGCAAUCAUUCAGGCCCAGAGACACAUGCUGGACCGCUUCGAAAAGACCAACGAGAUGCUCAUUAACUUUAAUGGCUUGUCCAAUGUGCGGCUGCAGCAGAUGAACGAUCGCUUUCAGCUCCACACUCGCACGUUAAUUGAAAUGAAGAAGGACUUGGACAGCAUUUUUCGGCGAAUAAGGACACUGAAAGGCAAGAUUGCUAAGCAGUAUCCAGAGGCCUUUAGCAACGUUCGUGAAACCUCCAGUCUGGAGGACGACGACGAUGACCUCGACCCUGUUCCUGCCAGUAUAGCCGCCACCACCACCACCGCCACGUCAGAACAGAGCACCGAAUCUUGCGACACGAGCCCCGACGUUAUCUCGCCGACCAUCAGCCGAUGUUCCGAGGAGCUUUCCCAGGAGAAUCCGGACACUCCGACCUCAAACAGCCCCGAGAGAGCAGUGCUGCUGGAUGAAGGCCCAGAUUCAGUCAAUAUAUAGAGAACCUACAGAAUCACUUUGGACAUCAGAAGAGCCUUGUACUUUGCGUAAAUUAGCUCUGACAUUACGCUUCUUCAAGUCCGGUCAUGUUAACAUUCUACACCUAGACAUUCUCCAGAGCUAAAAUAUGCUGUAAGCCUGUUCGCCAAAUGCGUGUUAAUCAAAUCGAUCAGGUUUGGAAGUAAACUUUUGUCAAUUUUUCUUUUUUUUGAAAGCUUUGUAUUAUAUUAUAUAUGUGAUAUGUUUUAUAGUUUCAAAGUUUCAUGUCAGAUUUAAAUAACAUGCCUUGCCUAAUAACGCUCAUCAUUUUACUCUGUAACUCACGCUGGUUUAAGACAAAGUAUUAUAAAAGCAUUGCUCCUUUAACUGAUGUGGAACAUUUCAUUUGAGUGUCUGUAGAAAUGAGACACUUUGGAUUGUCUUGGUGGUGUCUUAGAUAUUCAAGCUGAGACAAUUAUAUUAAAAAUGAGUGUGUGGAAAGACAGGUUUGAUAUCACAUUCUAAACAUAAUUAUCAACAAUUGCUUUCGUGAUGAACGAACGUUAUGUGGAUUUUAUUUACAAAAUGUGCAAAUAUAACCUUAAAUCAAAAA